CGGAGCCAGUAAGCAGCGUGUCGCCGAGAGGAUCAUUUCGAGAUCCGUAGACUCCACACGCGUCCGGCUUGUCGGAAUGAUCACGGGCGAUCCAAGUUAGUCCUGGCCAGUGAAGACAGUGAACUGUUACUAUCGAGAAAACGUCGAGAUUGUUCCACCUGAAUCGUCGAAUUCGGAGCGGCUUUCGGAUGCGCAGCAAAUGGCCAGCCAUUUACGUUCGAAAGGUGCUCGAGUAAUGAUGCUCCGAUGAUAUCUUGACCGAAGAGAAGAUAGAAUCGGAUACAAUGAUGGAGAUACUCGGUGUGAGGUUCGCACCCUUAAACGUGCCGCUGAAACGAAGAUUGGAAACCCUUUCUGCGGCGUUGCUGAUCAUUGUAUUAGGUUUCGGGGAUCUUAUUGGCUACGUUCUCACCGCUUACCUGCUCUUCUACACCGAAACUGUACGCUAUUUCAUCUUAUUUUACUUCAUUUGGAUGUACUAUGACUGGGACACGUGCAAUAAGGGCGGCCGAGCCGCUCGCUGGACGACCUGGAUCAGGAAUUGCGCGUGGAUGCAAUACAUUUGCAACUAUUUCCCAGUGAAGUUGGUGAAAACAACUGAUUUGGAUCCAGAGAAGAAUUAUUUAUUCUGUAGCUUUCCCCAUGGGAUCCUGUCGACCGGAAUCUUUGGCGCUUUUGGAUCCGACAUCCUCGGAUGCAAACAACUAUUUCCAGGAUUGGACGUCCGGGUGGUUGUCCUCGAUCAGCAUUUCCAGAUUCCCCUUUUCCGCGAAUACGUUUCCGCGACUGGUGGCGUAAGCAGUACCGCGAAAAGCCUGAACUACCUGGCAUCGACAAAGCCUGAAAAACCGUACACGGGAAGAGCCACAAUCCUGAUUGUCGGAGGGGCAUCGGAAUCACUGGAAUGUCAGCCUGGCACCUAUCGUAUCUUGGUGAAAAGAAGAAAGGGUUUCGUGAAGAUCGCGCUAAAGAAUGGAAUUCCUCUGGUACCUGUGUUCUCUUUUGGCGAGACGGACAUAUAUGAUCAGGUGUACGGCACCGAAGGCUCGACCUUGAAGAAGGUGCAACAUUUCAUUCGUAAGAAGAUCGGGAUCGCACCGAUCAUCUUGAGGGGUCGAGGAUUCUUUCAGUACUCGUUUGGGAUCAUUGCUCAACGAAGACCCAUCACCGUCGUUGUUGGCAGUCCCAUAGAGCUACCAAAAAUUCCUGAACCAACAACGGAGCAGAUCGACGAGUAUCACGAAAUAUUCAUCAAACGUCUGGUUGAACUUUUCGAGAGCAACAAGCACAAAUACGUGGAGAAUCCGGAAUCAGUGACCCUCGAGCUGUUGUAAUACGUAUCGUUUUAUCCGAAUGAACGACAGCGGACGUCCGAGAUCCACGAGAUCGUUAAAAACUUGAAAGACCUUCUUGUCACGUAUCUGGUGGUUGUAUAAAAAAGUGGCGCGAGUGAUAACAACCGUACUUUCCUGGAACUCAUUUUUUUCUUAGUGAAUUUUCCUAAGGUAUUUUAAUAGAAAAUAUUGAAAUUAAUAGCGUUAAGAUGUUGAAUAGUAAUUACAUUUUAAUUGAAUUGUUAAA